ACAGCAAAGCAAUGAGGUGUAACGUGUCUGUUUAACAGAGAGCACGUGAGCCUGGUUCUGCUCCUUGCUGCGUGCCGGCAGCCACUACGUUGCAGCACGGUGAGGAGUGGUGGCUGCUUGGGGUGGGCAGCCUUUGGAUUAUGGGCAGCCCCUUGGGCGUUCAGGCUGUUCGCAGAGGCUCUGGUGGUUGUUUGCUGGGAUCGGGAGAGGUUGCUUGGUCAUUAUUCUCUUUUGUUAAACACGGUGGCCCGCAUCCCUGGAAUACAUUCCCGGAAUAAUGGCUGGACUUUCCCCAAGGAGACUGUGGGCUUUCGAGCAGCAAGAUGCUCAGCAAUGCCAUGUAAUUGAGAAACCAUCUCUCGAUGAUUAUCAGACCUGGGGCAGCUCAUGCCCAGAGCUCCUGUCGUGCACAGUUUGCUUGUUGUGUGUAUCUUUGCUCUCAGUGAUGGCAGUGUAGCUGCACCGUCAUAGCGCUUUCGUCGCGGGCUGAAUUUUGACGUGUGGCUCUAUCCUCAGAAGUGGAGCUGAGUUGCUUUCUUUCCAGCGGUUUAGUCAGAAUGCACCUCCUCGUGUGUUAGUCUAAUUUUGUGUCUAAGGAAAGAUGUGCCUGCGUUCAAAUUUGCAUGUAAAAUCUGUGCAGUAAUGAGUUUACAGAUGGCAAUGCAGUCUCUAUACCUCAAGUCCCAGUAUAUAUACACACAUAUAUGCAAGCUUUCCAGUUACCUCUUGACACAGCUCUCCAUAUCCAUUUCCUGAUGUAACGCUUAUGUAAAUAACCGGAGUUCGUACUGUGCCCUUGAAGGUCAGUAAAUAUGGGAGGUGAUUUCGGGGAAGCUGAUCGCAGACCUCUCCGUGGUGCGUGCACUAAACAAAUGCCAGUUCUCAAAGCAUUCACGAUGAUCCCAAGGGAGUGGUGCUCACAAUGGUGCUACUUAUUAGCAGGACUGUCUGCUGUUUGAUGACUGUAAUUUCGUAAAGUGAGCAUGUAUUCUUAUUCCUUUGCUGAGCUCGCAGUGCAAACACUUGCUGGCAUUGUUACACCAAGCAGUGCUGUCAGCCUUAUCCUGUUCUCCUGUUGUAGACCCAGUACCCAUGAAAGGGUGCUUUUGUCAAAGUACUCGUGCUUAAAAUUCCUCUGCCUGUUAUCCAGGAAGGGUUGAUGUGCUGGGUUGCUGUCAAGAAUUAAGGAUUAUUGGGUUACAGACUAAGAAUAAACCUUAUUCGGGCUGACAACUGAAGAACUUUCAACAGGUCAUUUAAAGGUUUCUUUAGAUCGGUUUCUCCUGUUUAGAAUUAGGUGGUUGUGCUUGCCACCAGUGUUAAAUGCUUUGAGAUUGGAAUGGAAGGUACUCCUGCAAAUGGUACUGUGUCUCAGCAAGAGGGUUGUUGCCGUUGUUUGCUGUGCUGCAAAUUUCCAGGCUGGUUUCAGGGGAGCCCUUUAGACAAGCGUCAUGUCCUGCUGAGAAUGGCUGUAUUACUGCCCAGCCUUGUGACUGCAGAACAAAGGAUUUUCAGAAAAAAGACUGCAUUCUGUUCUCUGACAGGGUAUGGCUGCAGCAGAGAAGGGUUGUGGUCUCAACAGAUCAGAAAGUGAAAGCCAGGACUGGACAGAGAAAAUAAUUUCUUUCCCCAGGGACAUGUGUUGCUGCAGUCUUUCAUGCCUGUGAGUGUUGCAACACCAUGAUCCCACAGCCACCUCACCAUUAUCAGUAUUAUCAAGUUUUCUAUUUGCACAGUUCUGAGUGCAGAACUGGUGCUUGCAGAGUGAAAAGUCCUGCUUCCCUCCUGCCUCCGCUGCUCAUCAGUACAGUGUGAAGCAUCAGUACAUGUUGGCAUGACCUGUGACCUGAAGCCCUGGAGAAAGAUCAAAAGAAGCCCCUGGUGAGCAGAAGGCUCUGAAGACAUACUUUGUGUGCUUGGAAGGGAGUUGGCAGGUGGUGUUUCCGUGUAGCAAGGCAUAUGAUACUCAUCACAGAUCUAGAGGCUUGGCUGGAAAUGUUGGUUGAGAUACACUUUAUACUGCUGUUCAGUCGACAGGGGAAAUUAAGGCUUCAGAAAUGGUAUACGACACUACCUGAGAAAGAGAAGAAAAAGAUCGUUCGAGAAAUUGUUCAGAUUGUUUUGUCUCGCAAUCAAAAAACAAGUAGUUUUGUUGACUGGAAAGACCUCAAGCUUGUUUACAAAAGAUAUGCUAGUUUGUAUUUCUGUUGUGCAAUAGAAGACCAGGAUAACGAGCUCCUGACGCUAGAGGUUGUUCAUCGAUACGUAGAACUCCUGGACAGGUACUUUGGAAAUGUGUGUGAGCUGGAUAUUAUCUUUAACUUUGAAAAAGCUUAUUUUAUUCUUGAUGAGUUUAUAAUUGGUGGAGAAGUACAAGACACUUCAAAGAGGUCUGCGGUGAAAGCCAUAGAAGACUCUGACAUGUUGCAGGAGACGGUGGAAGAGUACAUGAACAAACCUGCAUUUUAAUGUUAAAACUACCUGGAAAGAGAACUGCUGUAUGCACCUGCAAAAUGCAUUUGCUGAAAUUGCUUCCCAAUGUGCCAGAGAAAAAACAAAACCAAUAACUAAAAGGGUUUGUUUGUAUAAUUGUCAAGAUGAAGGUCAGCUAAUGUAGCACAGGGUUUAACAAUUUUGUAUUUGCAUUACUCUGUGUUUCUCAGAAUUGUUUUUACCCUUGCUCUAGUUUCUCUUUUCCUUGCUGGACUGAACACUUGUUUUGUAUCACAUCUUUUAGCUACGGGUUUUGUCACCAUAAAAUGUUCAUCUACCAGUACAUGGAAGAGGUCUUUCUACUACUUUUGGUCCACUGCUGACCAUAUGACUCUACUUUUGUACAAAUGUCAGUUAUUUUGAAUGUAAUGAUUAUUCUGCCGUAAUAAUAAGUUUUUUCUAAAAGACA